AUGUCGAAUGAGAUGGCCCCUGGGUUACAAGCUGUAUACGUUGCAUACAACUUGGAAGAAAAAGGGAAAUUCGCCAAGCAACGCGCUAGGCAACGGUUCAAUCGUUUCCGGUUGGAGGCGACCGCCUGUGGAUUUCUUCGGUUCCCGAAGAAGUCUAGCCCGGGUGGCUUUCAACUCUUACUCAAGUUACCUCGAACGCACGUGUUACAGAACUCGAAAACCUGGUCGAACUUCGAGAAGGACAUUCUUUCCAAAUAUAAUCGUGUUGACUCGGCCGAGCUGAAGGCUCUCAAAGAGAGGAUCACUACACUAGAAAAGGAACGCGAUGAGAUCAAAACAGAAUAUGACAGUGCUGUUGCCGAACGCGAUGAGGCGCGAACCGCUCUACAGAAGCAUGUUGAUGAUCUUUCUACCGUCAUCAAGAAUGCCAAAGCAGAACAAAAGACUGUGCUUGAGACUCAGUUCAAGGAGGUCCUCCGAAAGAAUCGGACGAUAUUGGUUGAGAGAAAGGCUGAGCUCGAUGCCGCGCUAGCUGAAAAAGUGGUUCUGCAGAAAGAACUGGACUCUGCCAAAGCACAACUUGCUGUUGCAUCAGCUCAAGGAGGUCCUCCGAAAGAAUCAGACGGUAUUGGUUGA